AUGAUUGAUUUUUGUUUUGAAUGUUUACCGGCCCUUCCGGGCCCUCCUGGUCCUUCUGGCCCUCCAGGCAGUUAUGGAUUACCUGGUAUAAAAGGUCAAGAUGGAUUGAAUGGUCAACCUGGACAGAGAGGGACAAUUGGUGAAAGAGGGCCUCCAGGAUUGAUGGGAAUACCUGGACAGCCUGGAUUGCCAGGAAUUCCAGGCGAACUUUAUCAACUGGAAGGCCCUCCUGGCAGACCUGGAUUGCCUGGACCUCAAGGAUUACCUGGAAAUCCUGGUUUUGUUGGUAUUAGCGGUCCUCCAGGAAUAUGUGGCCCUCCAGGGGAUCAAGGAAAAAAUGGCAGAAAUGGAAGAGUUGGAAAACAAGGUCCUCAAGGACCGAAAGGAUUGCCUGGGAUACCUGGUGGAUGUGUGAGUUUAAAUAAAAAAAUAUACCUGUAUCGGGAAUGUACCUUUAAUUUAUUAGUGGGAUCUAUUGUGGGAUUAACGAAAAAUUAAGGGAGUUCUAUCCAGAUUUAAUAGGGAUUUUAUAAAACAAAGUCUUCCAUACUAUUUAUUAGUAUAUAUUAUUAGGAUAAUAAUUAGUAGGGAUUUUAUAGAACAAAGUCUUCCAUACUAUGUAUUAGUAUAUAUUUUUGAUCAGGUUUUCGAAGAUUCCUUGGGUAGGGUAUCGGACAGGGAUUAUCUUUCUUGGACCAGAAUUUCGAGUCGAAGACUUGUCUGGGUUUAGAAUUGUGUAUGCGCAUUUGAUAUGAGCCUUUGGGGAAGUGGAAUAAAAAUUAGA